CAGCUCUGACGCGUUUGUCUGCAGCGCGUCUGGCGCACUCGGAUAUAAAACCACGCAGCGCACACCAAGAGCCCAGAAGAGCUGAAGAGACGCACCAGGACAGCGAGCAAACCUCCCCCUGACCUACCCUGAAUUAUGCAUCCUAACUUGGUGAGCUGGCUGGGGACUCUGGGGCUCCUGCUGUGGGCGCUGCUCUGCCUGAGCGCCCUGACCGAGGGAUACCCGAUGAAACCGGAGAACCCCGGGGAGGACGCCCCGGCGGAGGAUCUGGCUAAAUACUACUCAGCCCUGAGACACUACAUCAACCUCAUCACAAGACAGAGGUAUGGGAAGAGGUCCAGUCCUGAGAUUCUGGACACACUGGUCUCGGAGCUGCUGCUGAAGGAAAGCACAGACACGCUUCCACAGUCAAGAUAUGACCCAUCAUUGUGGUGAUGCUGCCAUCGACAUUGAAUCCACAUCACUGCCGCCGCCCCGCCGCCCCGCCGCUGCUGACAUUCUGACCUCUAAACCUCUGUCACGUCAUUUUCCUCCUAUACGCCAAGAGACCUCCCCUGCCUCUGCGCCCCUCUUACCUCUACGAGCCGCUACGCGUAAUCAACCCCUCCUCCUUAACCAUCGAACACGGUCAAAACUGCUUGUAGUAUGUGCCAUAAAAUUGUAAAUUGUUUACUCAGUUAUCGUCCCUGACAUAUAAAGGUGAAGGGGGGAGGGCCAUGUUGUUUGUAUUGUAUAAAUGUGCUAUUAAAGAAUCAUUGUUUAAAGGAA